GAAGGAGAAUUGUGGGAAUCCAAUGGCGCCUUGCAGAUAAAAGCAAGUUGACAGUUACCUGCAACUUGUUGUUUAUUUAUAUAAUUAAAGACCUCUGAAGACAUAAUACGUGAACUACAGCGUCUUGAUAAAAUCAUCUACACUCAUGAUCAAGUACUUUGUUAUGGGAUUACGCGGUUUCUUUUUGCUGGCUGCUAAGAUCUGGAGUUUCGUUUGCUACUGCUUCAAAAGACAAGCCAGGACGGUUAUACAACACCAAACAGUUAGAUAUGAAGUUAUACCAUUAUCACCACUAUCAAAGCAUAGACUUAGUAUGCUAAAAAGGAAGACGCUAGUAUUGGACCUAGAUGAAACACUGAUACAUUCUCACCAUGAUGGAGUAUUAAAGCCUACAGUUAAGCCUGGAACGCCACCCGAUUUUGUCCUUAAAGUUAAUAUUGACCGACAUCCUGUAAGAUUUUUUGUACACAAGAGACCACAUGUGGAUUAUUUCUUAGAAAUUGUAAGCCAGUGGUACGACCUGGUGGUUUUUACAGCUAGUAUGGAGAUUUACGGCGCUGCAGUAGCAGAUAAACUUGACAAUAAUAAAGGCAUGCUGCGACGCAGGUAUUAUAGGCAGCACUGUCAUUUAGCAGAAGGCAGCUACACCAAGAAUUUAUGUGAUAUCUGCAGUGACCUUUCCAGUAUAUUUAUUCUUGACAAUUCUCCGGUGGCAUAUAGGAAUUAUCAAGAUAAUGCUAUCCCAAUACGGUCGUGGUUCAGUGAUCCUACAGAUACGGCACUUCUCUGCUUGUUACCAAUGCUGGAUGCAUUGAGGUUUAGUAACGAUGUACGAUCAGUGCUUAGUAGAAACUUGCAUCUACAUCGUACAUAGCCCUGGACAUUGAUCAUUUUUGUGGACAUCUUGUCAUCUUCACUGUAAUAUAGAACUCAGUAUAAUCAUAUGUGUACUACACACUCACAAACACACACACUCACACCCUACGUAUCCAAAUUAAACUCAUGUAUCCAUCUGAACACCCAUCCUCAAAACAUAUCAAGUCCUGGAACUUUUAUAUAUCCCUCUCGAAGACUAAAGUAUCCUUUCCCUUACAAAUCAUCAAAUUAUCAUCCCUGUCUUCACUCCUUCCUUCCAUACGCAAUAUUCCCUUUCAGUCCAUCAAACUCAUUCAGCAUUUCAUCACAAACUUGGUUGAUAAUGACAUUUAAGUAAGCAUGUAUAAUUUCACAACAGAUGUGGUUUAUAUAUAGCCAGAAAAUCCAUAGUUACAAAUUUUAAGAAAAAAGCAACACAAUUUGAUAUUCAAACAUGACUAGCUAGAUGUUACUCUACAACUCAGCUGAUCUACAAGUCGCCAAGAGAACAAAAUGUGGCCGAGACCGGUAUGUUUGUAUCAGAGUUUGUGUUAUCAGGGAAUUCUCAUCAUACAUAUUAAUAAAAUCAGUUGAAAGCAAUGAUCUCUUAGCGUAGUGACAAUGGCUUAUAGAUUUUUAUAUAUCAUUGGAUUGAUUUAAAAUACACUUUUAUAUUAAAAUGUUCCAUUUAUAUACUUUACUGGUAAUUAGAAACAUUUGUUAGACAGUAGAGAUGUCAUUUUUCCUGACUGUAUAUUGGCAGAUACAGAGUCACAGCGACAGGUUUAGACCAUUAGAACCUUCAAUUGUUGUAAACUUUUCUUCACUGUAAUGAGGUUUUCUUGGACUCUUUGACUUGCACUUUCAUCUUUAUAUCUUUUAAAAGUGUUUGUGAGUGUAUGGCUGUUAUUUCUGUCUACAAAAAUGAAACGGUUAACUUGAACAAUCCAGGUUUAAAAUUCACUACUUUCAUUUUUCAACACAUAACAAGUAUUAGUUUAUCCACCAACAAAAUUGUUAUUAUGAUAAACAAGAGGAGAAAUUCAGACACAAUGAAACACGUUGAAAUUUGAUAUUAGUUUGUACAAAAAUGAAUAUCAAUGAUGUAAUUUCUACCUCAUCAGAACAUGUCCAGAUAUUUUCCCCUAGCACCACCAGCACUUGUGUAGAAAGUGAAGAAAUAAUUUCUCGGGUAAAAUGUGCUAGCAUCCAAGUUUUUGUGUAUAGCCUCUUGUUGAGUACUUCCACCAUUUUCUGUAUGUCUGUGUUUAAAAAUUAUGAAAAUGAGUUAAAUCUGUUUUAGAUAAUGUAGUCAAUGAAAUCUAAUGCUUCAUUUUCCUCAUAAUUAUCAUGAGUUGUCUGCUGGUAAUGAACUGAUGUGUUGGAAUUGGAUGGAGUCUGAAGUGUGGAUGGUUUAAGUAGAAUAUGUUAGAUUGAAGUGUCCUGUAAAAGCAUGUGCAUAUCAGUAACAGUCCAAAUUGUCCAAAGGUAGCAGGAAAGAAAUGUAAAAAUUGUGACCCGAAGCCAUCAGGUUUCUGCUAACAAAAGGUUAAUCUGUUCCAGAUGUAACUCUGAAACUAUUGAUUUCUAACCUGAUCAACUAUUCAAUAAUAAUAAAAAAAGGAAAAAUUUGAAUGCCAAUCAAUAACAUCCAUGUAGAACUUGAAAAGAAAUUUAUUAAGGUUUUUCAAGCUUUUUCCAUAUGCUUUUACUACAAUAUGUGAUUUAUAUUGAAAUCCCAAAUUACCAUAUAACUUCUAGAGCUGAUGGAAUUAUUUUUUUAUUUGAAAUCGGUGUCCUCAAAAUACUUUACAUGAAGCUCCAGUGCACAUUUUCAUAGCACAUGUUUCAUGGUACUAAUUAAGUUGAUUAUUUCAGUAAACGCUGAAUAGCUGGAAUUGACUAACUAAAUAACUUAAAUAGUUGACCAGGUAAUACUAAUUGUAUGUACAUCAAGGCUUCAGAGUGAUUGUCUCUGUCAAGGCUAUUUAUAUACUCAAUAAGGUAUGUCAAACAUGCAUUAAGAUUUAUGAUUUACUGAUUAAAUGUUAAAUACUAGUUUAGUGUCACCAGAUUGACAAAGUUAUCCGUGUGAUAGGUAUGUAUUGGUGCAGAAUGAAGUGUGAUAUACAGGAAGUUAUACUACCACUCCAUUACAGAGCAUGGCCAUGAUUGGGUACCAAAUAUAUAAACACGUUUCUGAUUGGCUGCUACAUCCGCAAUCCUUCAAUGGCUGUUGUGUCAAAGGCAGAACAUUUUAAACAGAAAAUGAAAUAAUAAUUAUGUAAUAGUUAGUAAGGAAAACUAAUGUAAAAUGGAAUUUUUGUUUACAAUAGAUUAGAUUUUUUUAUCACAUGUAAAAAGAAAGCAUAAAUAUAUCAUGUGUGCAAUAAAUGUUACAUCUAUACAAAAAGUUAUCUCCCCUGUUAGUAUGUCGGAGGACAAUCUUGAUUCUGGCAUCUUGUGCAAUUUGUCGUGUUAGGUGACAAUGUUUUAUCAAGGCAGCAUUUGUCCGAAGGCUCAAUAAAGGUCUUGUCAUCAUAUUUUACAAAAACCCACAAAAACAAAGGUUUCAAUUUUAUCGGAGUAGUUAGAAAAAUCAAUAAAUAACCAUCUUUCCUGCUACAUUGCCGGUUUCUCAAAACCAGUAGGAAUUCUGGCACAUUGUCACAUGCCUGUCUGUUUUUGUACACAAAUUUUAAACCAUGUAUGAUAUAUAAGCCUAGUCACAGUUGACUUGUUCUGACGUCUUUCCAGCUGCAUUCCAUGAUCAAGUUUGUCCACAAUAUAAUCAUGAAGGGAGAUAACUUGGUAUAUAAUUAUAUACCCAGAUGAUUACAAAUGCUUUGCUCUGUAACAAUAAACCGGACUUGCAUUACAAGGCAACACUGAAAUUAUUUGUCAACCAUUUUACAAUAUGUAUCAUGUCACCUUGUUGGUCCUAAUUGAAGGUCAAGCUCGUGAAGGCUGUGUGUAAUACUAAAUUGAUACAGAUUGAGUUUCCAGUUUAAUUUUUAAUAAAUAAGUAUAUUGUUGUUUGUAUAUAUACUGUAUGUUCCAAAUGGGACAUUUUAUUAGCAUUGAAAUAUAUAACAACUUUGUUAAUUUUGUUGAGUGAGUGUGUAAACUGUAAAAAAGAAGGAAAAAAAACCCAAUAUUUUAUGAUUAUUUUGCUAUCAUUUUGUUUUCUAUGAUUUAAGUUAGGACUGCUUUCUAUCUGAAUAUUUCCAUAGAUCGAUACUUGAUUCGAUCACCACAGAUCAUAAGAUGUCAGAGUUUUAUAUAAUUUUCGUUUAUUUUACAGGGUGCCAGUUUGUUUUGUUAGGGUUUACACAUCUUCAUAGGUUUUCUAAAAGUAUCACUCCACCCAGCAUCACACCUGUAGUCUGUGGUAGGACUAAUUCUUAUUCCAUCAUCAUACAUACAGGCUGUGGUAGGACUAAUCCUUAUUCCAUCAUCACACAUACAGGCUGUGGUAGGACUAAUUCUUAUUCCAUCAUCACACAUACAGGCUGUGGUAGGACUAAUCCUUAUUCCAUCAUCACACCUGUAGUCUGUGAUAGGACUAAUCCUUAUUCCAUCAUCACACAUACAGACUGGUAGGACUAAUCCUUAUUCCAUCAUCACACAUACAGACUGGUAGGACUAAUCCUUAUUCCAUCAUCACACAUACAGGCUGGUAGGACUUGUCCUUAUUCCAUCAUCACACCUGUAGUCUGUGGUAGGACUAAUCCUUAUUCCAUCAUCACACAUACAGGUUGUGGUAGGACUCAUGAUCCUUAUUCCAUCAUCACACAUACAGGCUGUGGUACGACUAAUCCUUAUUCCAUCAUCACACCUACAGGCUGUGGUACGACUAAUCCUUAUUCCAUCAUCACACAUACAGACUGGUAGGACUUGUCCUUAUUCCAUCAUCACACAUACAGGUUGUGGUAGGACUCAUGAUCCUUAUUCCAUCAUCACACAUACAGGCUGUGGUACGACUAAUCCUUAUUCCAUCAUCACACAUACAGGCUGUGGUCAACUAAUCCUUAUUCCAUCAUCACACCUGUAGUCUGUGAUAGGAUUAAUCCUUAUUCCAUCAUCACACAUACAGACUGGUAGGACUUGUCCUUAUUCCAUCAUCACACAUACAGGUUGUGGUAGGACUCAUGAUCCUUAUUCCAUCAUCACACAUACAGGCUGUGGUACGACUAAUCCUUAUUCCAUCAUCACACAUACAGGCUGUGGUAGGACUUAUCCUUAUUCCAUCAUCACACAUACAGGCUGUGGUCAACUAAUCCUUAUUCCAUCAUCAUACAUACAGGCUGUGGUAGGACUAAUCCUUAUUCCAUCAUCACACAUACAGGCUGUGGUAGGAUUAAUCCUUAUUCCAUCAUCACACAUACAGGCUGUGGUAGGACUAGUCCAUAUUCCAUCAAUAUAUAUAAUAUAUAUAUAUGUGAGGGAUUUAAAUUGGCUAUAUUCACUUAUUACAAACAGUGCAAAUUAAAUACCUGCAAAUAUUUCGCACAUGAAUUGUAAUCUUUGUGAAGAGUCUGUAACCAUAUAUUUUUUUAUGAAAUCAAAUUGUAGUACAUGUGUGUAUAAUCAUUAAGCAGAGUAACGAAGUGCUAAAUUGACAUACCGCACCAUUUGGUGUUAAGAUUACGAAUUUACCUUUUCUCUGUCGUUUGUGAGAGCUUUGUCACCAAAAAUACAUGCAGAGCAAUACCCACAUGCAAAUGAAAUCAAAAUUCUUAUUCAAAAUCAUUAUGACGAUUGCAAAAUAUCAACAUAUUAAAUAAAUACAGAGAAUAAGACCAGGUGUUUCUGGAGGGGUAGCGUCUUAACUGCUUCAUCAGUGACACCCACAAAUCUAGGUCAAAUCACAGCUUUGGAAUGGUGUGUUUCUGGGUGGAGUUACUGUCCAAAUGGAGUGUUUUUUCUGAAGUAUUAUAACUAAAGGUUUGAUCUUGGUAUGUUGUGUUAGCAUGAGGUUCAAAGGUCACAAUGUCCAUCACUCAUUUUACACCUUAACAAGUUUGGAGAUUGAUAUCAGUACAUACAGGUGCCUACCUUCACAAAGAGGCAAAUAAUAUUUCAUAAUAUUUUCUUUUUAAUCAACAGAUAUAAAACAGUUCAUAGUUCCUUCACUUUAUUUCUAUGAAAUAUUAAGAAUGUCAGCAUUUUGAGAAAGUAUACAGUGUACUUAUGCAUUAUAGUAUUGAAAUCUAUGUAUGCUAGAUGUCUUGUUAAAUUUUUGGGUGUGAUUGUCAUUAGGGCAACUUUGGGUUCUGAUAGCAACCUGUAGUUCUCUUGGUGAACUUUGGGUUCUGAUAGUGACCUUUAGUUCUCUGAGUAAACUUGGGUUCUGAUAGUGACCUGUAAUUCUCCGAGUGAACUUUACACUGCAGCAGUAAAUGUCAGUUAUUUAAUACUUUAAAAAGAAAAAAAACAUUUUCAUGAUCUCUUGAUUGUCUAGUCAGAAAUCUAAAUAAUAAUUGUUAUAUAACAACAUAUUAGACUGUGACUGUAUGUAUUUAUAUAAGAUUUCUGUGGUUUUGUAUGAGUUUAUCUAUAAAAUCUUAAGGGGAUGAGACCAUGUAUUAUUUACAGGGCCAGGUUGUCUAGACUCUUACUGUGGGUGUUUAGACCGACGUGGCUAGUACCUGUCAGUUCGAAUCUGUUUUAACACAUUGUAAUAUCUGUGAUUCCACAUGUGAAAAACACCAAACAAUUCAGAUAAAAAAUUGAUCAUUGCUAAUGAUUAAUGUUUAUACUCUUUUCACUAGUAUUUCUAGUGGUAUUAAAUUUUCUGAAGGGUGAUAUUGCCUCAACUCUAGAAUAUUUAUCCAUCAGUAGUCCUAAUUUCAAGUGUUAUAAUUAAUUACUCAAAAUAAUGUCAAAAUAAAUCUUAAGGAUGUUCAAACUGUUGUAAUGAUUUUGUUCUACAAUCUUAAGUAAAUGUACAGAUUAUUUUAGAUUAAGCCUGAUGUACAUUUCACUUUACAAAGUCCGGAAUAUCAGAGUUUACAGAAUAUGCAAGUAUAGUACAGUUGUAUCCCCCUCUAUAUCCUCUCAGCUGAUCUAUUGUUAUUUCGCUUGUUCUCCAUAUUUACCAGUUUAAUACACGUUCAGUACUACCGUGUACGAUGUCUAGCUGUUGUUGCCCCGUAUCUUAACCUGUUGUUGUAUAAGUGCUGUGUUGUAUGUAAUGUGUUUCCUACUCUGAUGCCCAGUUGUAUGAUGUCACUUUGAGAUGGUACUGGUGAGGAGAGAGCAGCCAACACCUUACCCCAAUCGCUCCUCUCGUAUUGUAAAAAUAGUCUUCAUGGAAAACUGAUUAUUCUUCUGGAGAAACAUAUUUCUACAUAAGUAUCGGUGUUUCAUAAUUUUCAAGAAAAAGCUACAAAAUAAUGAUUUAUUACAAUGUUAUGACUUGUUAAAAUUUUUAAUCCUACAACUGAAAUGUCUCAAAAUUUAGCUCUAUGUGGUAAUUGCUGUGAACUGCUGAGUAAACAGGGCAGCCUCAACUGUAUGGUGUAAAUCCUUAGAAAGAGGCCGUAUAUACUCCUGUUUUUCCAGUAGAUGGUGUAAUAUUGAUAAUAAAUACAAUUGUGCUACAAAAAAUUUAAGACACUGCAAGUUCUGAGUGUGAAUAUGGCUUAUUGUCUUUUUUCACAUACAAGAUUUGUAACCUAUUUUUAUUCUUUCAAUGUUUUAAACUCAGUCUUCAGUCAAAGUUUGAAUUCUGUAUUAAGGAUAAACUUUUAAAUCAAAUGAUCAAACAAAGAUGCCUGUGAAGGUUGGUUUUUUUUUACAUGGGGUUCUGUUUUCCAUAUAUUUUUCAAAGAUGGACAAAAAAAUUGCUGAAUUGAAUUUAAGUUAGUAAUGAGAAAAAUUAUGGUCCAUUUUUUUUUAAAUUUUUGCCAAAUUUUUAUUAUCAUUAAUCCUUUUUUUGUUUGGCUUCAACUAUGAGGUAAAAGUGAAAAUUUGAGGGAUGGCUUCAACUAUGAGGUAAAAGUGAAAAUUUAAUCCCUCAAAAAAUCUAUUUCAAUACAGUAACACAUCUUACAAAAUUCCUUUGAAGUAUUUCUGUAAACAGGAGUCCUGUGCUUAUUGGGCAGGACAGAGAAACUGAUGCAUUGUGAUAUAGAACCUGUAUCCCAUUUCAUUCACCAACAUCAAACACUGUAGCGUAGGUUAUGAUUUUUGUUGUCAUCGCUUGUAAUGAUUGAUGUCAUGCUAUUUUAUCAGUUACCAUAGAAUCCUUCACUCCCUUCUGGUUAUGCAAUGGACUUGAUUGGGAGAGUCUAAUUUACGUAUAACUUUAGGGCGAAAGGAACAGUAACAUGUCUGUAAUACUAACUUUCACACCCCUAUGAAAAUAUUGAGCUGGUCCAUAUACAUGUAUUUUGGGUAUAGAAAUUUGUUCCACUUUGUUAAAUAUAAUAUCAGAUGCAGCUCAGAGUAUUGUAUACCUUGAUAUUUAUGUUUUACUAAAGGUUUGGUCACCAGACACUGCAAAUCAAAUUCACCCAGUAUUUUUUUUAUUAUUUUGCCUAGGCAAUCUAUACUGCAUAUGAUUUUAAUCUUCCCCUAUGAUUAAUUGCUUGAUGUGGGGAAAGGGGGCCAAAAAUAAGAAAUGAAAGUUAAGAGGUAGAAAAAUGAGUCGAAUCAAAAAAAGGAGGAAAUGUUUCAUUUUACAGUCAGUUUUGGCUUCUUGAUAAUAAAAUACAUUGUUUAAUUGACACGGAAUACUUUUGAUGAGAGACUCAUUAAACAACAAUGUCACCAUAUUGAUGAGAAUCCUUUGCAUGAACAACCUUUCAGGUGUAUUACUGCAGAAAUGUAAUUUUUGCGACCUCAAAAAUAAAUUUUGUCAUAUAUGACUAUAGAAAUGUGCCUUUUUAGGGUGGAAACAACUUCUUUAUGUUACAACUGGACCAGAUCCGACGUUAUGUUACAACUGGACCAGAUCUGACCUUUAUGUUACAACUGGACCAGAUCUGACCUUUAUGUUACAACUGGACCAGAUCAAUCAUGGGACAUAUGGGUGAGAAAGUUACGAACAUUUUUAUGUGAUUCAUACAUCACAUGUGAUCCAUCAAUUGUUACCAUGACAACCGUGGUGAAACGGUAGUCAACAUCACUGUUUGUUAUUAGACUACAUCAAUAAAUCUAUCUGUCCAGGAUAUGGGCAGAGAAAUCAG